AUGCGACUCUUACAACUCUUUCUCUUCCAUUUUUUAUAUGAGAAUCGUGUUCAUAUCCCCAAAUCCUGGUUGGUGAUAGGCCGGGUCGAAGCUGCGACCUAUAUUCCUGGUAUGACCCAGAGCAUUCUGGAUAAUAGUCAAGAUUUUUCGAUGGAAGUCAGAAAGUGUAUGCUUCACCCAAGUUCAAUUUACGCCAGAGGGUUCUGGCCAGCUAUCAGCUCACACCCCACUUCUAAGAGGUAUGACCAACACUUUUAUGCUGAGGAGUUUGCAGAUAUUUCUGUACCUUCUCAGGGUGCUGUUGAAACCGCUCACGAGUGGCUGGUAUCUGCUGAUAUUGCUGCCGAAAAGACAGUGGCUUGCGAUCAAUACCACGCCCCAGCACAUAUCAAAGAGUAUAUCGAUAAUAUCACACCAGGUACCAACGCCGACUUCGAGAAGUGGAAAUUCGGCUUGGCAAGCGGAAUUGUAAAUGGCGGCUUCCCAUCACCUCUGCUGAAAGAAGCUUGGAUGACCAUUCAAGCUUUAGUGGCCAUUCCUGAGUUGGCUAUUUGUGAUAGUGCCAUCACCCUUGUCUGUAAACAGACCGUUCAUAAUGUCACUGAAAUAUUUGCUCCUGAUUUCGCUCGGAGCUAG